UUAGUGGAGCUGAAGACGCACGUAUGCCUUCAACAUGCAUUCGACGUGGAUUUUGUUCGGAUUUUUUUUGACGUCGUUGAUUCUGUCGAUUAAAGGGUACCCUAUUACUUGUGGAUAUUGCAGAUUUAAGACACGCUCAGCCGGUUACCAGCCUUGCAGGGUCAUCAACUAUGGACAAGGAUGCCAGAACCCGAGUGCCCUGCCGAGGGCUUCCGAGUGGCCUGGAGCACCACGUGAUCUUGCCGUCACAUUCCACAAACAUCGACACAGGUUUCUAAUGCGAAUUUCGUUCAAACCACCGGACGCAAGUAUCUCUGCGUUGAAAGGUGUCAUGGUUGCGAUCAUAGCCACCAGUGGGCGCGACCUUGGCCAACUCGUCACCUGCCUCGUUUAUAACCUUUCCAGAGUUGAUUGGAAUCAAGUAGGACGACAGACUGACAUAGAGCUGUACCUGACGCCAAGAAACUCGAACGGAUGUCACAAUCUCCCUUUUGUCUGGUUCAAACCAGGGGAGUCCUUCUACAUAAACGUCGAGUCCCUGCCCGCCAGGGCCGCCUACCACCCUAACCAAGGCAGCAACUCCGUGGAGAAGUACUUUCGAAUCCCUCCCAAGGCGAAUAUGACUGACCUUGCCUUUUUGUAAAGUCCCCCCCCCCCGUUAUGGCCGCCUCUAGAAAUAUCCGAGGCAGCAGUGUGACUCUAGCACCCCUUGUUGCCCUCCCCUUUCAACCACAAUGAUACUUCUACAAUGCAUAAAUUGGCAGGGAAGAUGAGACAAUGGCCGAGUUGAAAGUGGGCCGCGUUGCGGGAUAUCCCUGCCAGCGCUCGCUUCAGAAAAAACUGUAGGAAGAUUCAGCCAGCCGGAAUUCGCCGCCACUUUCCGAUUGACAACAAUAUCGUGUAAUUGAAUGGCGAAUCAUAUUGGAAGAGGAUAUAUACACAGCAUGCUGUGUAUGCAACAGACAGUAGUUUUAAGUUCACAGCGUUUUAUAUUACUAUUCAUUAGGCUCGUUAUAAAGCUAGCAACAUUUUCUCUUGAAUACACAACAUGUGGUGUAUACAAUGUACAGGCACGCGCAUUGUCUAGAGUACACAGCAGACUUCGCUGGCUAGAGAAAACUGUUAUGGUCAUAUGGCACACAUGCCAUCCAAAAACCGGGGCUCCAUACGCCUUAGAUUUACUUGGGGGCAGGGAAUGGAUGAGAAUUUGCCCCAACAUGAAGGGAAGCGGGGAGUUCUUCCACCGACACCGCCACCGCCAUUUUUUCUCCCGCUGACGUCAUUGAUGACGCGGUUUAUUAAUUCGCCUAUGCUGUGCAUGCAACCAACUUGUUCCUGCGUACACAGCGUCUGCUGUGGACAUAGCCACUUCGAAUCUUAUCAGUGAUCGUGUACUGACAAAAAAACAUAAAUGCUUGAAAAAAAAUACUUACAAAGUCUUAGCUUUUCACCGCUGUGACGUUUUUGAACUUAACAAAUAAUUUGUUAGUUAAUUUGAAUUUAACAAAUAAUUUGUUUUCGACGCGAUCCCUUGUCAAAAAAGAUAGGGUGGCUCAAUGAAUUUAUAC